CAUGUCGGUUGGGGAAGACGUUCAAAGUUUAUUAGAAAUUGCUGCCGUAACGGGAACAUUCGGUAGCGAAUGGGAGAGGCAAGUAGUGGAAACGUCGUAUACCGGAAGUUCUACUCAAUUAAUGAGAACAGCCGCUCUCGUUCGGACAAUGUCGUCGUCGGAAGAGAGGAUUGACGCGGUUGUUUGUCAACUAGAGUCGACAACACAUAAAAAAGAACAGGACGUAGAGGAAAAGGUUAAGGAGCCGGAGAAGAAAGAGUCGGAGGUCAACUUUCCGCCGAUGAGCUACGAAUUCAAGCGUAAAAAGUCGCUCGUCUCGUUACGUAGACGUUUAGAGAGGACCAAUUCGAAAUCUGGCUUACCAAUGAUCCAAACAUCAUCCGAUGCAAAAUUGAACAAAUUACGUAGGCCAACGAGGAUUUUGAAUGAGCCGUUAACAGUCGCACAGCAAUGCCAGAACAUGAACAUUAAUAAAAAUAAUAAUAAUAUUAGACCAGCAGAGAUUUUAACGCAAAUGUCUAGACGUCGAGCAGAUAGUCUUCAAAUAGAACAACAAACUAACGAAGAAAAAGAGCAAAUAAUUAAAAAUUUUAACAGGAAUAAGCUUAAGAAAAUGGCUAGAGAAAGAUUUCGUAAAGCCACAAAGAAAAUAGUGAACGUUCAAAAAUGGAUAUCCUGUUUGAAUGAAAUGUUAGUAAUGAUUAAAGUAACUUUACCUUCUCUUUUCUUAAAUUCUUAUCCGAAAAAGGAUAGCGAUGAUCAAAGAGAAAAAUAUGCUACUUUUACUGAUUUAGCAGCGUUAAAUUACUCUUCGGAUUUACAAAAGUCCGGUUUAAGUUUUGACGUCAGCUUUUAUAAAGCAAAAACAGAAGUCACUCUAAGCUCGGAAGUUCAACACAUUCUAAGUCUACCCCCGGAGCAAAGAACCAACGACCAACUUCAAAUAGUUUUAUACGGACUUCAAAAUCUAAGAUCGUUCGUCGAAUAUCCUUUACAUAUGCAAGAGAAACUAUGCAGGGUUGCCAGGCUGCAAACAAUACCAGGUUCUCGGGUCAUAAUAAGACAGGGUCAUUACGCCGAAAAUUUUUACUUUAUUCUUUCAGGAGCAGCGGCCGUUAGUAUCAUUGAAAAGAAAACUUCAAGCGGAGAAAUAUGUAUAAGAACUGUAGGCAUAAUGAGAAGGGGAGCAAGUUUCGGUGAAUUGGCGCUGUUACAUCGUUCGAAGAGAACGGCAACGGUUACUAGUCAAGGCACAGUUCAGGUGUUGGCAAUUGAGAGGGAAGAUUUCUUUGAUAUUUUCAUGAGUGGACAAAAUCCAGGAGAUAUACCGCAACACAUACGAUUUCUCAAAAGAGGAGUGGUUAUAAUAGAGGAUAGCAGAAAAUCAGAUUGGAUUUAUAUAGUGAAAUCGGGCUCGUGUCAAGUGAUUACGCAAUUGAAAUCGGUUGUUGGUCGAGUCAAGAAGACGGCGAAGACGAAAUACGACCGAGAAGUACCUUUACUACCAAAACUAUCGGGUAGCGGGCAAAUGGAACCAAAAAUCGAUUCUGGAAUAAAGCGCAGCUAUACGAUGGUUGGAAAAUUUCCUAUGGAAUUAAAAAGGGCAAUAACUCAAUAUAAUGACUUGAUAAAGGUUCGGUCGUCAACGCCAAUUAAAUCGGCAAAAUCCCUGCCGUCUUUCGUUAAAGACAGUAAAGAUAGAUCAACUCUAGAGAAUUUCAACAGAAUUAGAAAACAUUCCAAAGCUCAUUUCAAACGAAAUAUACCAAUGAGCGCCGAAACGGAAAGACCGGAACGAGAAAAGGAAGUUGAGACAACGUUCGUGCAAGUUGACCAUUUAAAGCCUAGGGACGUUUUCGGUCUCUCAUCCCUGGAUUUUGAGGAUUGCAUCGAUUGGAACCAACCUACUGUAAGCCUAAUAUCGAGAGGGGCAGAAUGCGUAAUGCUGUCAAAAAAGUUUUUUAUGAAGCACGCUAAUCAUCUUGUAAAGAAGCAUUUAAGGCAAAUAUUAACCCUAUAUCCGUCUCAUCGGGUUCUCCAACACAAUUUACAGACUAAAGCCAACUGGGAUUUAUACAAAGAAAAUAUCGUCAAACAGGCUAUUACUCCCAGAUCGCCAAGGCUUAGGUAG